UACAAACCAACAGCCAUCAAUAUCUGAACCCACCCCUCAUCCUCUACUCACUCACUCACUCACUCACUCACUCACACAGUGAGUGAUCAUAUCCAUAUUCACACACUUUUUUAUGUGUUUGUUCUGUUGCAAUCCUCAUUAUCAUCAUGGAUCUGAAAGAUAAGAGAUCAGUCGAAGAAAAAGCCGAGAGUCCGUUAGCAUCCUCAAAUCAGACAAAAUGCUGUACCGAUUGUCAAACCACUACAACUCCUCUUUGGAGAGGCGGUCCUGCUGGUCCCAAGUCGCUUUGCAAUGCGUGUGGAAUCAAAUACAACAAGAAGAGAAGAUCACAAAUGAGUGGAUAUGAUAAAAGCAGAAGAAAAACAUCAAAGAAUGCGAAACGAAACGGCGAUUUGUUGAAGGUGAGAGUGAUGGUGAUCGAUCAAAAACAACAGCAGCAGCAGCAGAGGAAGAGAUCAUCGUAUGAAAGAGGGAAGCCAUGGUGGAACAAGCUACGAGAAGAAGAACAAGCUGCUAUACUGUUGAUGGCAAUCUCUUGUGGUGGAUCUCUGUAUUGAGUUUUUCAAUUUGGGGGAAAUUCAAAACCCUAACUAAUUAACAGUGUUCUAACCCUAGCUUAGCCAGAAAGGGGCGAAACUUUCCAUGUUUAUUUUAUGUUUUGGUUGACAACUCAUAUCUCUACUGUUUACUGCGUUUUCAUUGCAAUCUACCUGACAAUGCUUCAUUAGGUCAAACUUGACA